CAAUUCCGGGUCAGUGUCCCGGAAGCGGAAGUGCGGCCUCCGUGCUGUCAAAGUUUGUAGUGUUCCUCGGGGGUCGGCCCCGCGAAGCGUCUUCCAGGUCUCUCUCGCUGGCUCGUGAGCGCUUCCCCCGUGAAGGGUGGGAGCGCUGGGGCGGACGGGCGAGAUGAGCACCAUGUUUGCAGACACGCUGCUCAUCGUUUUUAUCUCCGUGUGCACCGCGCUGCUCGCCGAGGGCAUAACCUGGGUCCUGGUUUACAGGACAGACAAGUACAAGAGAUUGAAGGCAGAAGUGGAAAAACAAAGUAAAAAAUUAGAAAAGAAGAAGGAGACUAUAACAGAGUCGGCUGGUCGGCAACAAAAAAAGAAGAUAGAGCGACAGGAAGAGAAGCUAAAGAACAACAACAGAGAUCUGUCAAUGGUACGAAUGAAAUCCAUGUUUGCAAUUGGCUUUUGUUUUACUGCCUUAAUGGGAAUGUUUAAUUCCAUAUUUGAUGGUAGAGUGGUGGCAAAGCUCCCCUUCACUCCUCUUUCUUACAUCCAAGGAUUGUCUCAUCGAAACCUGCUGGGAGAUGACACCACAGACUGCUCCUUCAUCUUCCUGUAUAUUCUCUGUACUAUGUCCAUUCGACAAAACAUUCAGAAGAUCCUUGGCCUUGCCCCUUCUCGAGCGGCCACCAAGCAGGCUGGUGGAUUUCUUGGCCCCCCACCUCCUUCUGGAAAGUUUUCUUGAAGGAAAGCAGAAUUCUUUAUUUCCCAUCAUACUUUCUAGGCAUUCACAUCAGACUGGCAAGGCACCUGGCCACAUUCUAGUUUUGAGUUAUUUCUCACUUUUUGGAUAUGGUCAAAAUGAGAAUAGCACUUAACUAAUGGUAUAGUGCUUUUGGUCACAGAUGACUUCUUUAAUAAGCGGACUCGUUAGUUAAAUUUGGGUGAUUUUUAUGUAACCAUAAACAUCAUCUUCUUUCACUUAAGUAUUUCUAUGGGACGAAUGAUCAAGCCUAUGUAUGUGCCAUGUACCAUAGAAGCAGACUGUCCAUGAACUUUAGGCAACUAGGAGAUAAAACAGUUUGUGUAACAACUGGAAGUAUUUGCUGUUUUUUAAAAAGCCAAAUAUAUCACUUAUGUUUGGUAACAAGCCAAAUUUUUAGCUGUUUCAUUUAGAGAAAUAUUUGAUUUUUUGCAUAUUUAAAAGUAUUUUCUGUAAUCUGAAUAUAGGGGUAAACAUUGGCCCAAAAGAGCUAAAAUAAAAUUUUGUCAUGUGUUCUUUACCA